UAAUAAACUAUCAAGUAUCAACACAAAAAAUCAUAAUCAAUAUUGUUCGAAUCAUCGAAUGACGAAUAUGUUCAUAGAACUACAGAUAAACCAUGCGUAUGAUUUUUAUCUUUUUGGAUAAAAAUAUAAGAUAAUCUGAUAAUAUUAUAGGAAUAUAGUUGCUACUGCCUACCAGCUGACACUGGCCGUUGUAAUUUGUAUAAAGUAUUAAAAAUUAAAUAUCGUAAAAACAUUAAAAAAUGAAUAAUGUCAAACAGACUGAACAGGUUAAAUGUAUUGUGUUGGAAGGUUAUGGCGGGUACGAUAAAAUAAAAACAAGAUGUUGGCCACUUGAAUUUUUAGGAUCAACAAGUGUGUGUGUAAAAGUUCAAUUAUGCGGUGUCAACUUUAGUGAUAUAUAUACUAGACAAGGUUUUCUACGCCAGCUAAAAACUCCACGUGUGCUUGGAGCAGAAUGUUAUGGCACAAUAGAAGCUAUUGGAAAUGAAGUGAACAAUUUUCAAUAUGGAGACCGAGUAGUAUGUUAUGUUUGGACAGGAGGACUGUUUGGAGAAAAGGUUAUAGUCUCAGCAAAUAAUUGUUUUUUAGUUCCGGAGGGUGUUAGUGGUCAAGAUGCUGUUGCUCUACCAGCCAAUUAUUUGACUGCAUACUUGAGUAUUUUUACCAUGGGCAAUAUACAACCCGGAGAUACUGUUCUUAUACAUUCAAUUGCGGGAGGUGUUGGGUGUGCUGCAACUCAAUUAGCAAAAACUGUGAAAGAUGUAGUUGUUGUUGGAACUGCUUCAGCAUCUAAACACGAACAACUAAAAGAAAAUGGAGUUUCUCAUGUGUUACACCAUGAAAACUAUGAGACACUGGCUAAAAAUGUAUCACCACUGGGUUAUGACUUAAUUAUAGAUAGUAUUGGUGGACCAAAUAUUGAGAUUAGUCAAAAAUUACUUAAGCCUUGUGGUCGUUUAGUUAUCAUUGGUGGUAGUUGUUAUAUUAAUGGAGAAACAUUACAAAUUGUAAGGUCAUUAGCUAUGAAGUGGCAAACAAAAAACUUGAUCCCUCAAACAAUGAUAGAACAAAAUAUCACUGUUAGUGGUCUUCAUUUGGGUUUGCUGUUUGAUUCUAACCCAAACAAAAUUCAUUAUAUCAUGGAAGAAUUAUUCAAAAUGUUAAUGAAUCAAUUAAUAAAACCAAUAAUUCAUGAGAUCUUACCAUUUAAUAAUGUUAUUGAAGCUCAGACAAUAUUGGCAAAAAGAAUGAAUUUUGGGAAAGUCUUAUUAAAAUUAAAUCAAUAACAAGAAAAGAUUUUCAAGUUUAUUUGGUUUUGAAACUGUUGUCAAUUUGUGUCUACUCUCUUUAAUUUAUAAUAUAUAUAUUUUUAAAAUGUUUAUUAUUAAUAGUUUCUAAGUGAAUAUAAUCAUUUAAAAAUUAGGUUAUAUAUUUGAAUUAAUGAAUAGAUUAAUUUAUUUUUUAUUUUUUUUUAGUAUAAUUUAUUUAAAAAAAAUUUUAUCCAUUUUUAAAAUGUAAGACUUAAAUAUUAAAUCAUAUUACAUAUAAUUAUAAUUAAUUGUCUAUAAAUUGUUGUACAUGAUAAUUUAAUAUUUGUAUGCAAAUGACCUACUCUUUAAUAAAUUUGAAACGCAAGCAGUGGUGUGUUUACAGGGUAGGCCGACUAGGCCCGGGCCUACCCAAUUUUUAUAUGACUGUUUGGUUUUUUUAUAUCAAAAAUAAAAAUGUUACUAUUAAUAUUAUUAAUAUUUAUAAUUGAAUGUUAUUAUCAUACCCAUAUUCCAUAUGAUAUAAGAUAAAUCUUCCUUAAUAGUAUUAAACACACUUACACGCUACAGAACAAAACUGGUCUACCCAAUUAUUUUGUGCUAGAUACGCCACUGAAAGCAAGUUGUAUAUAAUGAGUUAUGUAAUACCUUAUAGCAGCGGUUCCCAAGCUUUAUUUUCCGCGGUGCCUUUUUUUGGACCCAAUUUUAGCCACGGUGCCCUGCUGUGAAUAACACGAAAGACAGAACAAAAAAAAUACUCAUUGAUAACUAAUUUUACGUGGACCGCGGUGCCCUUAGAAAGUGUUCGAGGUGCCCCUAGGGCACCGCGGUGCACAAUUUGGGAACCGCUGCCUUAUAGUAUAGUAAUACUUGCUUUCCUUCUAUUUAGAUUUAUAGAACAUUUAUUUUUAUUUUUUUAUACCUAAUAGUACCUAAUGUGUAUAUUAGAUAAUAGUUAGUUUUUUUUUUACUAAAAAUCCUAUUAAAAAGUGAUUUUAAAGUAUUUUUGUAGUCUACCUACAAAUAAUUUGUAUCAAAUUUAAAAUGUAUUCCUCAUGUGUGUAUAUUCAUUUUAUAUUCAUAUUGUAUGCAUUUAUUGUACCUAAUACUUAUAAAGUAAUGUUAAAAUAAAAAUAAAUAUAUAUAUAUAUUAUAUA